GUAGGAUUUGAAACGACCUUCAAGAAGUGAAACUGAUGAUGAUCUACUAAAACAGCAAGAGAAGUUCCUUAAAGAGAAGCAAAAACCUUCGGUUAAAAUUGUGUCCAAGAAAAGCAAUGAUAAAACUACUCAUAAUGAAAAUGUGAAUAAAGAUUCAAAUCCAGUUACAAAUAGUACCAGCAUACCAGAUAGUGAUGACCUUGCUAUCCAGCCUAAAAAUAUAGUUUUUGAUGUUAAGGAGCGUGACAUAUCAUAUGUGGAACCAUUUAAAUUUGAAGCUCCAUGUGUACCUGAAGUUAAAUUAGUCAAUUUGUCAAAUAGGAAGAUAAAAAAGAGCAAAUUUUCAGAAGGAAAGAAACAAACAAUUUUUGAGCAGUUAUUGAAAGAUGAAGGGAAUAAAACUUUAAAUGAAGAAUGUGGUGAGAAGAAGACUUUAAGUAAAGAAUCUGACAGCAGUGUACCAUUUAGUGCUUUGAUUGAUGGAAGUGGUCUUAAAGCAGAAGAGAAGGAUAAAGAAAUGCAAAAAAUUCAUGAUGAAAAUGUGGCGAAAAUUUCAUCUAUGUCUAAAGAUGAAAUACUGCAACAUCAAGAGCAACUGAAAAAUUAUUUAAAUCCAGAUAUUAUCAAGUUUAUACAAAACAAGCAAAAAGCAAAGUCCAGAGAAACAGAAUUUUUAGAUCCAUCUGAGUCUGAAAAAGAUCAAAAACAUGUUAUUUCAAAUAAGCAAGGUGUGUUUGAUGACAUGUAUAUCAAAAAUUCAGAACUUCCUGAUGAAAUUUUAAGAAAAGAAGGCAGAGAAGAUUGUGAUGCUUUGAUUCUUGAAAAAUCAAAACAGUCAGAUGUAAACAGAAAUUCCAUCAAAACCAAUCAAGAAAAUUUGCAAAAUAACAAUGAUGUACUUAGCACGAAAUUCGAGAUACCAAAAGAAACUAAAGAAUUACUCGAAGAAAGUGAAAAAGGCCAUUGGAGAAAUAUGAGUAAAAUUGAGAAAGAGAAAUUGGAAUGGAUGGCAGAUUUACCUCAGCCUAAGCCUAUUGAUCUCAAGACUGGCUACACGGCUCGUUUCGAUUUUGAAGGAAAAUUACUUUCUCGUGAUAUAGAUAUACCUGUAUACAAAGGCUUACACCACCAUGGCAAAGAACCUGAGGUUCCUGGAUAUUCUCUUGAAGAACUAUUCCUUUUGGCUCGAAGUACUCUUCAAUCACAAAGAAUAACAGCUCUUCAUACAAUGGCACAUAUCCUGGAAAAUAAUUGGUAUGGAAUGUUGGAUAGUUGUUUUGAUGCUCCUUUACUACCUAUGUUGUUACAAGCUGGCAUUGUUCCUUUGUUAAGAUGGGCACUUGAUGAUACAUCUGUAACAUCUGUUGCUGCAACUGUAACAGCAAUGCAUAGUCUUUUAAUUUGUAAGGCUGACGAGGCAUGUUUAAGCAAAACGUUUUGUUGGUUGGGUGGUCAUCUGUUACCUCUUCUGGAACCUCAAGACUUAGAAGAGCCUAAUGCUGUACUUGAAGAACUGUCAGAUGCUGAUCUGAUUAAACUGGAUGUUGUCAAAGGUUUUCUUCGAAUUGACAUUCUUCCAAGAUUUAAGUAUGUUCUUCAAGUAUUAUGUCCUCCUCCACUUGUAUGUAAAUUAAUUAUAGAAAUAUGUGCUCGCUUAGCUCAACAUUCAGCAGAGUCUGCGAAACAGGUUGUUGAGCAGCCUGGUUUUCUGAAGUUAGUAUUUGAAAAGUUUUUACCUUUAAGUUGGAAAUUUAUUGAUAGCAGCAAGUUAACUGAUUCAGUAGGUUAUAGUUAUCCUAUGUAUUCUGCAAUGAAACUUAUGAGAAUUAUUUCUGCAACAAGUCAAGAAUUGGCAUUACACUUGGUUGAAAAUUAUGGUUUGAUUUCAAAUAUAACAUUUUAUCUCACCUUACAGCCUCUAGAUGGGAAGUUAAGUCCUCAAGAAGUUCAAAUGUUAAUGGUUGAAACUCUUAAAACGUGGUGCAUCUUGCUUUGUUAUGGAUUGGCAACAAAAGUUUUUCUAGAUCUCUUCCCAAUAUUUUUGAAGCAGCUGGACUUUUGUGAGAGUUUGAAUUUGAAUUCUGAUAAAAGCAUACAGGAUUUUGAAUAUGCAGUGCAUUUAUUUAAAGCCUUUGAAGCUGUUGCAGCAACUUCAGUGGAAAUGAAGGAUGUUAGUGGAGUUGCUAUAAAUGCUGUUUUGAAAAAGUCUUUGCAUUGUUUAAAAAAGUGGUUGUGGCAGUUUUCACAAGAAUCUCCUUCUAGUCCUGGAAUUCUCCUUCUUGCACAAUGCAUGAAUUUUGUUUCCACAUUUUACAAAAAAUCUCAUGAAGGACUCACAUGUGAAGACUGGGAACCUUGCUCAGUUGCUCAAGAAAUUUUUAAUGAGUAUUUUCUUCGAGCUGUUAAAUCAGAUGUUUUUAGAACUAUGCUGGUUAACUUAAAGUCUUUUUCUCUGCUUCUCAAUUCUACAAAAUCUGGUCACAAACGAGAUGGCAAAACUAUUGUUUCAUUGGGCAGUGUUAUGUGGCAAGAAGAUGUUGUCCCACUUUUAAAAGAAGGAACUCCCUUACCUUUAAUAUUAGCAUUUUCAAAUUUUGCUUUUGUUUCUAGAAGUCUUUUUAGUAAUUUAGAAAGUCAGGUUUUUGAUGUAAUUUUAAGGGAAGAUUCUGUUAUAGAGUAUCUGAAAACUAUCACGUCUUCAAAACUUAAUGAUAGGAGUUGGUUUGUGAGAUUUGAAACGUAUUAUAUUUAUUUGCUCUUAAAAUUGUCAUCUUUGGUAACUAAUGAAGCACCAUUCUUCUGGCAUACAAUUGCAGUCUGCUUGUUACCUGUAUUAAGGGCACCUGAUCAAUGUUUGAUUGAAGAUAUAUUUCAGGGUGUUAUAUUUAACCAAGCACUUUUUUCUCUUAAUGAAGAAAUGUUACAAACAAUAAGCUCAAGAGUUCCGGUUAUAGCAGAUUGUUAUUUAUCUUGCUUUUUGGACUCUGAAGAUAUUUUACAUUCAAGAAAACUUCUGUUUUUUGGUUUGGGAUUAGAAACUGUAUCAUCCCUUAGUGCUCCAACUGCUUUGAUUUCUAAGGACUGGUGUUAUGCACCAAUUUAUAAAUUAUAUGAAAGCACUGGGAAAAGAAAAAUUGGUAAAUUAAAUUCUGUUGAGAUUUUGCAAGUAAUAAGCAGUUUACAAUGGAUUUAUGUAGGCCACUCUUUAUCUCUCGCUGAACUGAGAGCCAUUCCUGCUUCAGCACAGUUCUCAUAUCUUUGCAUGGUCUUUCUAAUAGAUGAAGAUCUUUUCCAAAAUGAAAAAGUUCAGUCACUCCUACAUGGUUCUGUAUCUUUCUUGUUAAACCUUAAAAAAAUAGAUCUUUCUAAAGUAAUGUGGAAGAAUUUAAAUGGAUAUGAUAACUUGUUUUUAGAGGUGUUAAAUCAGUUUGAGGCUGUUUCUUAUGGAGAUCAUUUGUUCGGAAAUUUUCUACUGCUGCCACUUCAACAAGGCUUUCCCAGUCGAUGGAAAAAAUUGUUAUUAAAUGAUCAUUCUCAGGCACUGUGCUUUUUAGGAGUACCUUUAUCUAAGCUGAUAGUUCCUUUGAAAAAUUACUUAGAGCCUUAUGAAAUGGAAUUUGAAGUUUUAGUUGCAUAUUUUAAAGUACUGUCAUCAGGUAUAUUAACUCAUAGAAGAUGCCCACUUAUAUAUUUAAUGGCUGUUCACCAUAUACAUCAUUAUAUAUUUGCAAAUCAAGAUGUAAACAAAAAGUCUCAAAAAAUCCUUCUGUCAAGUAUUUUAUGUUCCACGAAAAAGGAUGCACAACUGCAUGUUCUGUUAUACUCUGAAGUGAAUUUGGAUGCAGAACAUGGUUUCAUUUUGCAGAAUGAGCUUUCAGCAACUCAGCAUGAGCAUCUUAAAAAUAUCAUGGGAGCACCUGUAAAUUUAUGAUAAAAAUUGCUUUUGUGUAAUGUAAAUUUCUGUAAAUUUAUGGUGUAAAUAAAUAUUAUAUACUAAAAAUUUC